UUCUGCGUAGACUAGGGGAGCUUUCAUGGGUGAUCCCUGAAUCUCAUGAUGGUUGUGUCUUCUUCCUUCUAGGUUUCUGAUUUGGCUUGGUCCCUUGGCCCUUUGUAGAUCACAGGACCAAUCUCCACCAACUUAUGAAAGAGAUGCGGGCCUUAACCAGAUUCUACUCGUUGAGAAUUUCUCACGAAUUUUGUACGCUUUCAGCGGCCAAACUUACCUCAAAGAUUGAUACUUGCCUACGCAACAAUAACAUUGAUAAAGCUCGUAAGCUGUUCGACGAAAACCCCGCGUCGUGGAGCUGUGUUCCUUGGAACAUGAUGAUGAAGCGCUACAUUCAGCAUGAUCAAUUUCAUCUUGCCAAGAAUCUGUUCGACGAAAUGCCCGUUAAAAAUGUCGUUUCGUGGAAUAUCAUGUUAUCUGGAUUUCGAAAAAAUGGAAACAUCCGUGGUUUAUGCCAUAGUUUCUUGCAAAUGGGACGAGUAGGUGUAGCACCCGAUGGCUACACCAUAUCCAUAUUACUCGGAGCAGUUGUGAAUACUGAUUUCGAUGUUUUGGUCCAGCAGAUUCACGGUCGAGCAGUUCAUACGGCACUUAACUUGAAUAUGAUUGUUGGAUCUGCUUUACUCACCGCAUAUGCGAGUCUAGGAGAGGAGAAGGCUUUGGGUGGAGUGUUCGAUGAGUUGCCGACGAAAGAUGUUACAUCUUGGAACAUUUUACUUUCUGGGUACCUGGAAACUGGGAGCUUCGCUGAUGCUCAAAGAACUUCCGAUUUGAUGCCUGAAAAAAAUACCCGGAACAAACAAAUUGAAAAAGCACGAUCCAUAUUCAAUGCUAUGAAGGAGAGAAAUGUGGUGACAUGGACAACGAUGAUCAGGGGAUUGUUCCUCUCUUCUCAUGGGCCAGCAAGUUCAUCAGAGUUUCAUCAAAUCUGGCACACCAGAAGAUAUCAUCGCAUCAACCUCACUACUUGA